AUGGCGCAGAUCAUCCUGGACGGUGCGCGAUCCGGCCAGCUCGGACUCGAGACACCAGCACGAGAUGGUAUCUGCUUCAACAAUGUCUGGGACCCGCAAGAUGCGCACUUCGAGCAGUGCUUCUUACCAGUCAUCGCUGCGAUUCCAGCGAUCCUGGCGGCGGCGAUCCUGUUCCUCCACAUUCUGAGACUUCUGAUACCCGCACGGUGGCGACCUCGCUGGACGAGACCUUUCGUGGAGGAAGUACUCGAGCCGCAGGUCGAGGUUGAUCUGGUUCCUAGGAGACGAUGGACAUUCUUCAGCAUCGCCCUGUGUGCGCUUAACACGAUUGGACUCUUGCUUCAGACUUUGGCGGCUGCGGCUCAUUUAGUCCACCUACAGUGGUACGACGAGACCGGCAGGCUGGCCCCCAAGCCCGAGCAAGUCCAUUUUGAUAUCUAUGAUGGAAUCGCUCUACUCUUGGUCCUACCUUGGUUGGUGAACCUGGUCGAGGUACUGCUUUACCAGCCGAGACGGGUGCCUUAUGCGAUCUUGUCAACAACUGUGGCUUUCACUAUCGUGAGCGCGAUACUGCUGGAGAACCUCACCUUCAACACCGAGUGUUCGGACUUCUUCUGCGUGCAGAAGGGACUGAACAUUGCGAGCACCACAGUGGCUGUACUGAUUCUGAUGCUUCUGCUUCUCAUGCCGUCUCGAGAUCCGCUACUCCCUGCGAAAGAUAUCAGCAUGCCAUUCACAGCACCAUCAUCUGCGUUGCGAAGUCCAGAAGAAGCACUCACGGUCUGGCAAUUCAUGACCGUGACCUGGCUCAAGCCCUUGAUGGACAUCGGAGGCAAACGGCAGCUAGAGUUCGAGGAUAUAUGGUCUCUGCCGCAUGAAUUCCAGCACCGGAUGCUACACGACAACUUUCGACAGCUACGAGGGACCGUCAUAAAGCGACUGUUGAUCGCCAAUGGCAUUGAUCUUGUAAUCGUCACCAUCCUUGGCCUCAUCGAGCAAGUCGCACAGUAUGGUGCUCCAGUCUUCCUGCAGCUGAUAUUAAGCUCGAUGGAAGAUCCCGAAAGUCCAAAACGGGUGGCGCUUACGUAUUCUGCUAUGGCUUUGUGCUCACGUCUUCUAGGCGCGCAAGUCUCCGUCUUCAGCUUGUGGUUCGGACGAAGAUGUUACGAACGAUCGAGAGGUGAGAUGAUCACGAUGCUGUACGAAAAGACACUUGGGCGCAAGAUCUCGUUCGCUGAGCCUGAGAAGAAGAAAGACGAAGCAGGUGCAAGGAAGGGAACCACCAACGGCCAUGCUAAUGGGCAUACGAACAGCGAGACGAAGGCCGAGGCACAACAGACGUGGUGGUCUGGCUUCUUCAGCAAGCAGACCAGUUCUGUACCUGAAAAUGAGCCAGCUUCGAUGGGGAAGAUCUUGAACUUGAUGCGUAAUGAUGUGUACGAAGUGGCGCAACGAUUUUGGGAGUUCGACAAUCUCAUUCGCAAGCCAAUUGCCAUUCUACUGUCAAUCUCGCUCGUCGUCAACUACCUCGGCUGGCCGUCUCUGGUGGCUGUCGGUCUCGUCAUCUUCGCGCAAGUCAUGAACGCGCUUCUUGCCAAAGCUUUGAUCCUCGUUGAGAAGAAGCGAAGAGUGGCCACGGACUCGAAGCUUCAGCUCAUCUCGCAGUUCGUCGAAGCGAUCAGACAUCUAAGGUGGUAUGGCUGGCAAGACCAUUGGCUAUCCCAAGUCCUCUCCGCUCGACAGAAGGAACUCACAUAUCGCAUCUUCUCCGGCAUCUGGGUAUUGCUCAUUGGCUUUGUUAACACCUUGUCAUACGAUCUGACCCCAGUGGUGGCAUUCGCUUCAUACACCUUAAUCGCCAAGAAGCCACUCACGAUCGAUCUCGCCUUUCCAGCUCUGCAGCUUUUUAGUAUGAUGACCUCUCAGCUGAAGGAGCUACCUGGUCUUGUCAUAGCCCUGAUCAAUGCAUGGGUGGCAGUGCAGCGUAUCCAGGACUUCAUGGCAGAACCAGAUCUGCAGCAGAUGGCUACGGCGGCGCUGAUCGGAGGCAAGCUCGCGGUCGAGGGGGGAUCUUUCUCGUGGCCCGGCGCGAAUGCGACUGUCCUCACGGACAUUAGCAUCUCAUUUCCAGAAGCUUUGACCGUGGUCUGUGGUGAAGUAGCAUCUGGCAAGACUGCACUUCUGCAGGCCCUACUCGGCGAGCUCGACAUGCACAAAGGACAGCUGAUCAGACCACCCGAGCCGAUCGGGUAUUGUGUGCAGACGCCCUGGCUACAAAGUAUGAGUGUGCGAGAGAAUAUACUCUUUUCUGCGCCACUUGAAGAUGACAGGUAUCGUGCCGUGCUUGAUGCAUGUGCCUUGACGCCAGACCUGGCAGAGUUCAAGGCUGGAGACUUGUCACUGAUCGGAGAGAAUGGCAUCGGCUUGUCUGGCGGACAAAGAGCUCGAGUGGCACUGGCUCGUGCUGUGUACAGCAGAAACAAGAUUCUGCUACUGGACGACCCGCUUGCUGCACUGGACCAACAGACCGCAGAGCACAUCGUCCAAAAGCUGUUUGAAGGCCCUCUUCUGAAAGAUCGUACGGUAGUCCUGGUGACACAUCGGACCGAUCUGGUCCUGCGAGUUGCCGAGCAAAUAGUCAAGAUCGAUGCCGGCCAAGCGUCGAUACUGGACAAGGAGGCAGCAGUAGCAGACCUCGGUCUAGCAGCACCAUAUAAGCAAGAAAAAGCAACGGUCGCCGAGGAUGAAGAGAAUGCCAAGAAACUCGCAGCGGCAAUACCAGACAAGUUCAUCGAGGACGAACAUCGAGCAUACGGGGGCGUACAGGCCAAGGUCUACUGGCAGUACAUCAAAGCUGGAGAUCUGCGCUUCUGGGCCAUCACGAUUGUCAUCCUUGUGGUCUAUCGCUGUUUAGCACUACUGGAAGCGUGGUUCCUCAAAGCAUGGGGCGAAGCGUACAACACCAAAGCCAAGGCGUCAAUGUUUGUCUACUCUCACGAUGUGGCCUACCACACGAACGACAUCUUCGGCGAUCUUCCUCCCCCUGAAGAUAAUAUCAAGCCGUGGCUGAUAGGCUUUCUCGUGCUGGCUCUGGGACAGUCGUUCGCUUACAUUGCAUCUCAAGGCAUGCUUUUGGUGAUAGUAUACACCGCAGCCAAGAACAUGUUUCGCGACAUAAUGGAAAAGGUUGCGUACGCCACGUUCCGCUUCUACGAUGUCACGCCAGUCGGCCGACUGAUGAAUCGCAUGACUUCCGACAUUGGCGUCAUCGAUGGUGGCAUUAGUAUGCAGUUCUCAGCCAUUUCAUGGAUGCUCAUAAGCUGGAUCUCAUCUGUGGUCGUCAUUGCAUCAAUCACGCCGAGCUUCUUGGUCUUCACAGUUGUGCUGGCAUUUGUGUUCGUUGCGGUCUUCAGACGCUUCAUACCAACAUCGCAGAAUCUGCGCCGCCUAGAGAUGGUCUCGCUGACGCCACUUAUGUCUAACUUCGGUGAGCUUCUCAACGGGUUGGCUACAGUCAGAGCUUUCGGUGCACAAUCUCGCUUCCAAGAUCGUGUCAUCAGUGUUGUCGACACCUUUCAGAAGAUGGACCACUUCUACUGGAGCGCGCAAGCGUGGCUACAAUACAGAUACGAUAUUCUGUCUGGACUUGCGACUUUCUUCCUCUUUCUCCUGGCGGUGUGGACCAAUCUUUCACCAGGACUGACAGCUUUUGCUCUGCUUUCGGCGUCAAAAUUUGUAAACGUGACACACGGCCUGUGUCGACAGUAUGGUCAGCUCCAGAUGGAAUUUGUCUCAGUUGAGCGAGUGGUCGAGCUGCUACACUUGGAACAAGAACCGAAAGGGUCGAUCGAACCUCCUGCAUGGUGGCCAUCGUUUGACGGAGACAUUACAUUCAAGAAUGUGGUCAUCAAGUAUGCACCACAUCUCGACCCAGCUCUGGCAGGCAUCACGUUCACCGUCAAGGGAAGAUCAAAGACGGCGAUCAUCGGUCGUACUGGGUCUGGUAAAAGUACUUUGGCACUCGCCUUGCUUGCAACCAUUCUGCCCGACAUGGGCCAUAUUUCUGUCGACAACGUGGACCUCGCUGAGGUAGACAAGCAGUGUCUGCGAACACGAGUCACUUUCCUCGCCCAAGAUCCUGUUCUUUUCCCUGGCUCGAUGCGAAAGAAUCUGGACCCUGUAAACGAACACACUGAUGAGGAAUGCGAGCUUGUGCUGAGACGAGUGUGUGAGAGGCAAGGGUGGCAGCUUGCCAGUAAAGUAGAAGGAGGUGGCAAGAACCUCAGCCAAGGUCAAAGACAACUUGUCGGCCUGGCCAGAGCUGUGCUACGACGAAGUGCCAUCAUCAUCCUCGACGAAGCUACAGCUUCUAUUGAUCGUGAGACUGCAAUGCAAAUUCAGCAGGUCAUGCAUGAGGAGAUGAAGGACAGUACCGUGAUUACCAUUGCGCACCGACUGGAGGCUGUUCGCAACGCGGAUUACUGCAUUGUGUUAGGGAAAGGCAAGAUCAUUGAGCAAGGUCCAGCUGCAGAGAUGCUGGGAGAGCACCGAGAAGAGGUCGCACAAAACAUAGACGAGGACGAAGACGAAUAG